UGGGGAGGAGGGCGGAGAAGAGCACACAAUGCGCAUGUGUGGAGGAGAGACCACGCCCCGAUAGCUUGGGGGUGGAGAGCUGCGUGCGCACGCAUGCGCAGUAGUGGCAGUGCGUGCCCGUUCCAAGCCAGUUGUUGCUGCUGAGGAAGCUUCUCUGGUUGGGGGGUUUGUAGCGGCGGCCGCUGUUGGGACUCGCCCCCCCCGCCAUUGUACUUGGCGGCCUGUGGCGCCCCCAGCUGAGCACCAGCCGAAGGCGCGGGAGGAGGCGGAGGCGCAGGCGCGGCGCUUCCAAAAUGUCGCAGACAGCCAUGUCCGAGACCUACGAUUUCCUCUUUAAAUUCUUGGUUAUUGGAAAUGCUGGAACUGGCAAGUCCUGUUUACUUCAUCAGUUUAUUGAGAAGAAAUUCAAAGAUGACUCAAAUCAUACUAUAGGAGUCGAAUUUGGUUCAAAGAUAAUAAAUGUAGGGGGUAAAUAUGUAAAAUUACAGAUAUGGGACACAGCAGGACAAGAGAGAUUCAGGUCUGUAACAAGAAGUUACUACAGAGGUGCAGCGGGUGCUUUGCUUGUCUAUGACAUUACCAGCCGAGAAACCUACAACGCACUUACUAAUUGGUUGACGGAUGCAAGGAUGUUAGCAAGUCAAAAUAUUGUUAUCAUACUGUGUGGCAACAAAAAGGAUCUUGAUGCAGAUCGUGAAGUUACUUUUUUAGAAGCAUCCAGGUUUGCACAAGAAAAUGAACUGAUGUUUUUGGAAACAAGUGCACUAACCGGGGAGAAUGUUGAAGAGGCCUUUGUACAGUGUGCAAGAAAAAUACUUAAUAAAAUUGAAUCAGGUGAACUGGAUCCAGAAAGGAUGGGCUCAGGAAUUCAGUAUGGAGAUGCUGCCUUGAGGCAGCUGAGAUCCCCACGUAGAGCACAGGCUCAAAGUGCUCAAGAAUGUGGUUGUUAAAAAAAACACAACGAAACAAACUGAACACUUGUUCUAGAAACAAAAGAUGUCCAUGCAAUUGGUGUUUGUAGCAACAACUGACACAGCUUGAAGGCUAUGCAGUUUUUUUAAAACAUCUUUACUACUGUAUGUGAACAGAAAAACCACUGCUGGAAAAACAGUACUGUAUGGUGGUAGGCAAGAAUGUGCAUAUGACAUAGCAGACUGCAAAACAAACCUGACAAUUCAGUGGACAAUACUAAGACUCACCUGUAUGUAAACAUUUUCCGUUACAUAUUUUUGUCAUUCACCUUUAAAGUAUUGCUGUAUACUGUAUAUAAUGUAACAGUAAAUUUCCAAAGCAUGAUAUACUUAUGUUUGAUAUAAUAAAUGUUGCACUAAAAGCAAUUAUAUUUUAUUUUUUUAAUCAUAUUAACUAAAACUUGUUAACUGAGUUAGGCUUUAUCAUGUUUGUGUUAAUUGCACAGUAGGUUAUAUUUAUGACCUGAAAUACAAAGCCACUGGCACUGUCAGUGAUUUUCCUACUUCACUACGUUUGCCACAUUCUACAAGGUGUUUACAUGAUCCAUUCUAGAAUUACGGUGAGGACAUUAUCUAAGUUUACUAAUCCUGUCAAAUUUGGAAUGGAUGUUUCUAGUGAAGUGCAUCUGUUCUGUUUUCUGACAAUUCUUAAAUAAAUUUCUCUAAACUGUAUUUUUUCCUACUUUGUAGGUUAAAAAUGCUGCUGCUAAGUCUCUGAAAUGACUGCUGUCUGACCUUAGAUCUUGGAAGUUUCUUAUCUGUGUUCUCUGGUUCUUUUCUUUUCCUUUUCCUUUUCCACUUCUGUUGUAUAGAAGUGGGGGCCAAUGAGAUUUGUUUGUUUUUAGCAAAACUGUGUAUCUUUUUACUGCUGUGUGAGUCCAUGAAAGAUCACCACAAUGAUUUCUCGUGUGUCUGUAUGAGAGAGCUGUUUCUAUAAGAGAUUGCUUAAUCUCAUUGGACUGCACUUCUCAAAGAUGCUUUAGCUACUAAUAAAGCAAUCUGCUAUAAAAAGUCUGUUCAGUGAAAAUACCUGUUCAGUGAGGCCAAGUGUUUCAAAUGUACAGUACCUAGAAAGUGCAACUAACUAUGCUGAAUGUGGAAUUUUCAUUAAAAUGUAUUUUAAAUAUUCUAAACUAUAAUGGUAUUAUAGGAAUUUUAAACAUAGAUCCUAAUUGGAGGGUCUCUUCAUACAGAUCUCCCCUCUGGCCUGGAAUAAGGUACCAUCCUCCCUGUUGUCAGAUCCCGCUGAGGGUAUUUUAUAGUGUUGGAUUUAUAUACAUGAGGAAAUGGAAUAUAGGAGGGCUACAUGCAUUUUCUCUCUGCCCCUGGAAACUAUCAGGUAUUCGGCUUGUCAUAUUAACUUUCGUUCAUAGUUUAGUUUAGGAUGUUGGAACCUCCCUCCUGACCUCUUUAUUGUGGGGCAAAACAGUCAGCACAGGAAAUCCUGUUGUCAUGGCUCCAUUAGAGCUAUACUUAGGCGGUGGGAGAGAGUCCAAUGACAACAUGAAACCUAGGUGUCUGUAUCACUCUCCAGGAGUGGUGGGAAAUCUCUAUAGCUUUUGUAUUGCCCCCACUCCACAGCCACUUUUAAGUGGCAUUUCUGAAAGGAAUGUAAUAAGGAGAGGGUAGAAAGGUUUCUCAUGAAUGUAAGUCCAGAAUAACUCCAUUGAGCUUAAGUUAUACUGGUGUAACUGAACAGCAUUUGGCCUAAGAAACCUAGCAACAUAGAAAAUUAUUUCUUAUAUCUAUUACAGUUUCAUGAGCAAAAACUGCAUUAUUGACAGAUACCUGAAUCCUCACUUGAGAAAGAACACAAAUAGAAUUUAAAUAUUAAAACAAAACUAAAUUAUAGUGCUAUAAUUCCAGAGGGUAUUGGCAGCACAAAAGCACACGUAGAGUGCUUGAGGUAGAUUCUAGAGCCCCUCAAUGGAAUUCUAAUCCUGCAUUUAAAAAUAGUCCAUGGUGAGGCUUGGUUCAGUUUAAAUUUUUCCUAAAGGGUGUGGGUCUAUAUCUAAACUGAAUCGAAAAGCACAAGGCUUAAAUAGAAUCACUUAACCAUGCUUUACACAAGAAAAAAAAUCUAUCUUUUGAAGUCUUGCAGGCCAUUAAUCCAAGUAGCUUUGUAUAAUAUCCCUCUCUCAAUCAAGAGUCAGCAUGCAGCAUUAGACUUAAAUGACAUGUAGAAAAGACUCAUUGUAUUACUCCUGGGGGAAUUCUGCACAAAACAUAAAUUCUGCAUGCAAUAUUUAUAAAUUCUGCAAAAUUCUACAUGUUAAAAUAAUACACUAUAAUCAUACCAGCUUCCAUUAUUUUAGUAAUUUAUUUCAAAAUACCUGUGAGCAAGUAUGUCUGUAACAAUGCAGACUACAAAAAAGAUUCAGGAAAUGCUUUUUGGCAAAUAGAUUCUUUACUAGGCAUAUUAACACGGAACUCUGAGUAAUUUGUUUAAAUGAGAAUACUGGACUAUAUUUCCCACCCCCACCCCUCAGAAGCAGUGCAAAGGCUUGGGGGAGUUGGGGGUAAUGGAGGCACUUAGGGAGAGGAAAGUAAACUGCUGAGAAGGAGCCUGGAUGUGAACUUUAAAGGGUUUUUUGGGUAUGGGUAGGAAAAGUAUGGAACUCGGGGGCAUGGAGGCAGAUUGUUAGGGAGUGUCUCCACACAGUGCCUGAGAGACCCCUUUUACCAUUCAGUCAGGCAUAUCUGCCCCCUCCCCAUCUGUCUCGGUGCCCCCAUGCUCCAUUCCCCUUCCCCUCUGUAACUCUGCACCCCCCUUCCCCCUGUGCCUUCACUCCCAUUC